CGCCCGAUUUUCACACUCGUCGCGUUCGUUCCGUUAUUUUCCCCAGAAACCUUUUCCCGUCCAAUCCUCCGGCCAGUCCCGGAAAACGCUCGCGAGACGCGCGCGGGGGACGCCUUUAUUGCAGUUUUUCCGUUUUUCCGGAGCGGUUUCCUCUCUCCUGCCCGUUUUCCGUUUUCCUUCCGACCACUAUGUAAGUGGUCCGCAACCAGCGCUGCUGACGAAAUCCUACUGCGCGUCCUGUUCACGGCACACCGGUGGGCCGCUGCUGACCACAACGAGGACGAGGACGACGACGCCGAAGACGUUAGCGGGAGCAGAGGUGGCGGCGGCGAUGGUGACUGCGUGCUGCUGCUGCUUCGACGAUCACACCGCCACGCCCGAGUCGCGAUGACCGGCCGCGCCACGCACACGGUGACCGCGACGGCAUGGCUCGUGGCCUGCGUCGUCUUUAUGGCGCCGAUAGCGCCGCCGGACGCGCACGCCGCGUCCCAGGGCGGUGGUAUGUUCGGUGACGUAAACAUAUCGGCGAUACUCGAUUCGUUUAGUUUGAGCUAUGACAAAAGAGUAAGACCAAACUACGGAGGUACGCCAAUUGAAGUCGGUGUCACCAUGUACGUGUUGAGUAUCAGCUCUUUGUCAGAAGUCAAAAUGGACUUCACGUUAGAUUUCUACUUCAGACAAUUCUGGACCGAUCCCCGGUUGGCGUUCACUAAACGGCAGGGUGUUGAGACCCUAUCUGUGGGAUCAGAGUUCAUAAAGAACAUCUGGGUGCCCGACACGUUCUUCGUCAACGAGAAGCAGUCGUAUUUCCAUAUAGCGACCACCAGCAACGAAUUCAUCCGGAUACACCAUUCAGGGAGCAUAACGCGGAGCAUUCGUUUGACGAUCACCGCGUCGUGUCCCAUGAACCUGCAGUACUUCCCGAUGGACCGACAGUUGUGUCACAUCGAAAUCGAGAGCUUUGGUUAUACGAUGAGAGACAUCCGAUAUAAGUGGAAUGAGGGACCGAACUCGGUGGGCGUGUCCAACGAAGUGUCCUUGCCUCAGUUUAAAGUGCUGGGACAUCGGCAGAGAGCUAUGGAAAUUAGCCUGACAACAGGUAACUAUUCGAGGUUGGCUUGCGAGAUCCAAUUCGUGCGAUCCAUGGGCUACUAUCUAAUCCAAAUCUACAUACCCAGCGGACUGAUCGUCAUCAUAUCUUGGGUGAGCUUUUGGCUGAACCGAAAUGCCACGCCAGCCAGAGUGGCGUUGGGCGUCACCACUGUGUUGACCAUGACCACGCUCAUGUCUUCUACAAACGCAGCACUGCCGAAGAUAUCGUACGUGAAAUCGAUCGACGUGUACUUGGGCACGUGUUUCGUCAUGGUGUUCGCUUCGCUGUUGGAGUACGCUACUGUCGGGUAUAUGGCGAAGAGGAUACAGAUGAGAAAAAAUCGUUUUCUUGCCAUACAAAAGAUCGCUGAACAGAAGAAAGGCGGCCAUGACACACUCGGCCACGUGCAUUCUCAUCAACAGCCGCGCUCCAGUCAUGGAAACAUGUCCGGUCACAGUACGAUGUCCGGCCACAAUACGCUUUCCGGCCACAAUACGCUCUCCGGCCAUAAUACACUCUCUGGCCACGGUACGCUGUCACACGGCUUGUCUAGUCACGGCUUGCCAUCUUCCCACGGGACGAUGGCGGGUUAUGGUGGACACGACAGCCACUCUCGGCACAGUCAUGGCGGCCACGGUGGUCACAGCGGCCAACUCCUUUCUGGGGACAUGGAUCACCUGCCCAGACAAGCUAAUGUGCGCUUCAAGGCUCACGAUUCAAAGAACUAUCUCAAGGGUGGAUCACUGGAAAACACUAUCAACGGUCGCGGGGACGACGACGGCAACAUUACCCCAUUGCAACCGCAACACGUCAUGCACCCCAACAAGGACAUCAAUAAGCUGUACGGAAUAACGCCCAGUGACAUUGACAAGUACUCAAGAAUUGUGUUUCCGGUGUGCUUCGUGUGCUUUAAUCUUAUGUACUGGAUCAUUUACCUACACAUCAGCGACGUGGUGGCCGACGACCUAGUGCUGCUCGAGGCGGACAAGUAGACUUAUUCAUAAAUUUGCGCCACACCGAUGAUAACGACAUCAAUGACUUGAUAAUAUAUUUAUAUUAUAAUACAAUACUAUUAUAAAAUAUAAAAUUUUUAUCUAGGUUUAGUAUAAGAGCUCAACUACAAAAAAUACUGCAUCCCGAGUAUAUUAAAUUAUUAUUAUUAUUAUUAUUAUUAUAGUAAUUAUUGUACGAUUAUAACAUUAUUAUUAAAUGAUUAUUAGGGCCGAGAAUUAUAUGCCCUAAAAACUAACUAAACAAUAUUCAUGAUGAUAUGCCCUAAAAAUUAACAAAUUAUGCCCAAAAAUAUGCUCUAAGAAAAAAGUAAAUUCUAAUGUAGUUAUAUGAAAAUAUUUUAAUACCAACGUUUGAUAUUAAAUUAAUUACUUUUUGAAUACCUUGAUUUUUACCUAUGAUAUCUAAUGAUAAAAAUGUGAUCUUUAAAAUAAAAAUGGUAAAUAA